UCCGGGACGUCGCAGGAGUCUCACCCUCUCUCACCCUGUCUCCCACCUCCGUUCCCACCCAACACACCCAUGACACGGCGGCUUUGAUCCCAGGAGGUGAACCCGGGUUCCCCAGGAGUCUCCAGCCCACGUCGGGUCACUUUCCUCCUUUCCUCCACCCCCCUCCCCCUUCCUCCACCAAUCGCAGUGCCGGUUGCCAUGGAGAACUCCUCUGUGGCGUCUGCGUCGUCUGAAGCCGGUAGCACACGCUCACAGGAAAUCGAGGAGCUGGAGCGCUUCAUCGACAGCUAUGUGCUUGAGUACCAAGUACAGGGGCUGCUGGGAGACAAGGCAGAUGGAGACUUGGAUUUGGACAAUGGUGGCAAGGUGCCACAGUGGACCGACGACUGCAAUGACAAGAAAGAUGGCAGCUGGACUUCUUCUCGGGGAAGAGGCUCAUCCAAGCCUGACGAGUGGGAACACAGCAGUAAUGGCAGCACAGGUUCCAGACCCAGUUCAGGCUCCAGACCAGGUUCUGGCUCACGCUCUGGCAGCAGAGGCAGAAACAAUCAGUUCACAGGCCCCUCAAAGAAUGGGAACAGAGAAUGCUCCUUGGACAUCCUGGGCACAGACAUAUGGGCGGCCAACACAAUGGACUCACACGGAGGUGCAGGUUGGGACGUGCAGCCGGAGAAACUGGACUUCAGCCAUUUCCACAGGAAACACAUCAGAGGAACGCCAAAGCACCUGCCACACAUUGACAGAGAGGGGAUGAACAAAAACAAGUUUGAGGAAGACGAUGGCAUCGACAUGAACGACAUAGAGCGGUUCCUACCUCAUCUGCGCUCUGUCUUCCCACCCCUUCCUAAUGAGGCUGAGAUCGCACAAACCAAAAAGCUCUUCCGACGCAAGAGGAAUGACCGACGACCGAUUGAUCAGUUCACCCGAGACCAGUUAACCAUACUUCUGCCCACUGGCCCCGGGGGGGAGCGCCGAGUCUCAGCCAGGAGGCAGCAGCGGCCUCAGGGAGGAGGUGGCGGUGGAGGAGGGAAGAGCCAGCCUCAGCAGAUACAGCAACAGUCACCGCAGCACCAGAGGGAUCACACCCAACAGCAGGCUCCACACCAACAGCAGCAGAAUAUAACAGAACUGGGAGAUAACAGAAACAAUAGUGCCGACUGGCCGCCCCGCCAGUACCAGGGAGGACAUGGGCAGCGCCAAGGAGGUCCCUCGCACUUUGGCUACAGCCAGAACCGGCGUUGGCACCACAAUCAGAAAGGUCAGGGGCACGGACAGACAAACACCACGGGCGACAGAGUCAUAACCCCGAGAACAACCAAAGACAAAGAGACUGAGAAUGUAAAAGCGGGCGACCAGCAGAUCAGACCGCCUCAAGACUGCAGCCGUAAGAGUCCCAAUGAAUCACCCAAAUCCGAGUCAACACCCUUUACAAAUACUUUCCCAGAUCGGCCAGUUUUUAAGGAGUUUCCCAACGCAGCAGGAGGUGGGAAGGCGAGCGAGGGCCAGUCGGAGCAGCCCAAAGUCAGCUUGCUGCAGUCGUCAAAGGAGAGGCUGCGGAGGAGACUAAAGGACAAGGAAGAGGCUCGUGUGGAGGCGUCGGGCUCUGGGUCCCAGAACAUGGACCGGCUGGUGGACCUGCUCAACAGCAUGAGGAGCAACAGCAGCGGCGUUGAGCAGCAGCUGGCCUCCUUCAUGGAGGAGGCGCAGUGCUCGGCCCGGUCCGAGGAAUCCCUGACGCAGGUGGUCCGCACAAUCUACUGCAAGGCUGCGUCGGACAGGAGCUUCGCCGCCACUGCCGCAAAGCUCUGCGACAAGAUGGCGCUGUUUAUGGUGGAGGGGACCAAGUUCAGAUCCCUGCUGCUCAACAUGCUGCAGACGGAUUUCUCCCGUCGUGAGGGGCUCCAGCAGUUGGAUGUCGAGAGGUGGUUGGGUUUCAUCACCUUCUUGUGCGAGGUGUUUGGCACCAUGAGGAGCAGCUCCGGGGAGCCAUUCAGGGUACUGGUGUGUCCCAUCUUCACCUGCCUACGAGAGCUCUUGGAGUCCACAGACAUUAAGGAAGAUGCAGUUCUCUGCUGCUCCAUGGAGCUGCAGAGCACCGGACGUCUACUGGAGGAGCAGCUCCCUGAGAUGAUGACCGAGCUCUUAGCGGCCGUCAGGGACAAGAUGCUCAGUCCAGCUGAGUCUCAGCUGACCCGCUCCCUCCUCAUGGAGGUCAUCGAGCUGCACGCGCACCGCUGGAGCCCCCUGGAGGCCCUCACCACCCAAUACUACAACCGUACCAUCCAAAAGCUCACCACCACUGCCUAGGUGCCAGCUGCCGCGGGAGGAGAGGAGACAUUUUCCACUUGUGCAACAAUCGGCUCUUCUAGUUUUUCCACAAAACAGGAAGUCAACUACAUGCCACAAACUCACCGACAUAAUGCUUGACAUGGUUAUUGAACGCAACUGUACAAUUCGAUCAUUUCACGAAGAAAGGUGAACACUGCCACAAACAUACCAGCCACCGGACAGGUAGAGCUCAGCCACCCAGGCUACACGGCAUGUGGUGUUCAAACAAUGACGAGCCUGUCGUCUGACGCAGAUUUGAGAAAACGCUGGUGAGUAGGUGGCCAGUGGGGGCCUGCUCGGCCACACGGCGCUGGGGAGCUCGUCUGGUUGUGGCUGCUUAGGGUUAAAGGAGAGAACAGACAAGAGAGGGGUCACACGGGGGAGAUGAGAGGGCAGCAGCCUGUCUGUAGGGAAUAGAGAGAUCUGUACCCAAAGAUGAAUGGAGGGAGGGAGGGAGGUGGUCUGCGUAGUCUGUGUCAGCCUCUUCAUUGUGUUCAUUUGCCCCGCCACCCUCUCCUUCCCUCUGUGUCUCUCUCCAUCCCCCACCUCUGUCUCUCCGUCGGCCCCUGGGGUCUCUGUGGCUGAUAAAAGAGAGCAGGAGGCAGGGAGUAGACACGGUGCUGUCUGUCUGGGCCGUCUGCCCCGCCGGGCCAGGGAACCAGGUCAAAGGGUCUCGGUGUGGAGCUCCCCCCAGCUCCGCCAGCUCCUCCCUGCCUUUGUCUCCCCGACUCCCCCCUACUGCACCCCCCGUGCAGGAAGCCUUUUUGUGGGGAUGAGACAGCGGGCCUGCUGGGCUGAGGAUGAGGAUCAGGCUGGGCAGAGUAGGUUGGCAGAUGGCUGCAUGAGCCCUUGUGAGACGACACACUCCGAACACGCCCCCACCUCCCUCUGGCUCCCCCAGCUCCUGCUUCCCGAGCUCGGCCCGGUGUAACCAGCAGAGGCAGCAGAAGUGGGGGGUGCGGGGUCCAGCAUUGGAAAAGAAUUAAAGCAGACACUGCUGUCUGAUAAUUCCUUUGUUUUCGUCCUACAGGGGAAUGUCUCUUCUCCUCCAUUGAGCCGUGCAUGUCCAUGCUUUGUUAUCCACAUCAUUGAUAUUAUUAUAUUAUUUUUUUAAGUCAAGUCAUUUAUUGUUUUUAUUGUUGUCUUUUCAUUUUGAGGUCAUGUUUUUACAAUAUAUUGUACGUAUGAGAUGUAGCGGUAGGCCUUAUUGCACAGGUUUGAUUUGUUUUGCACUGUUUGGAGGCGAUUUGCUUUUAAGGAAAAUUCAAAAUAAGUUAAAGUUUGAAUUUGAGUCAGUGCUAUUGGUAUUAUAUGAAAAAAAUGGGCUGAGCGGUUUUAGGAUGUUUUAAUGGACUAGUGGCCUUGUCAAUUAUCCAUUUUUAUAGGAGUGCUCUUGUUCCAGCGCCUGCUGACGACUAAACAGUUGGGCCUAAUUCACAUUGUUAUAUUGCUCAAGAAAAAGAAUAUUUGAAGAUGAAGAAAAGAUGUUACAUUUAAAAAAAAAAAGAGCAUGGCACACAGAGAAAAAGUGAAAUGUUUCUUUAAACAAGCCAUUCUUUGCAGUGAACAUUUUGCAAGUGUUUGAAAUGGAUUCUUUUGAGGAUCUUUUUGAGGAAAAAGUGACAACUAUUAACCUGUGUAUUUGAAGAUGUCGAAAAAGCAGAACAUCUUGUUAUGUGACCACAUUAGCUUCUCAUAUUUGACUAUUUUCCCAGCUAACGUGUGUAAUAUGAUAUUGACAUGACAAGCCAAUCACGUACCAUUUGUAAAUGGGUUUGAUAUAUAAUCUGCAUACAGUAUAUUUACAAGUAUUUAAUUGACAUUGACUUAGAGGGGAAUCGUGCUACAGAGAUGUUGCACAGAGGAUGAAGUGGCUGGUAGAAGUCAGCCUUCUAAUGCAUUUCUACUUGGAACUAUGGCUACAUCCAUAUUACUACGUUUCUGUUUGAAAACACAUCAACUCUGCUACGGUCACGUCUGACGUCCACACAACUCCAGAGGUUUAGAGCCACUCACAUGAAAAAGGUUGUAGUCUGGAAAUUAUGACGUUGACAGUCACGACACAGCUUUUGCUGAUUCGUCAGGCUCCUGUCACAUGACUCCCUCCAGAAGAAAACAAGCGGCAUCAGCACCCGCCUCGGCUACCAGUGUAGAACGCAACAUAGAUAAUCAAUUACAAGUCCUUCUGACUGUUUUCUUUGCUUAUACCUGUUGUAGUCUGCAUUUGACCAUGAAACAACUGUUUACAUCUGUAGGAGACGAGCUAUUAUUCAAGGAAUUCCUGUUUACACCAGCACAUGCAUAUCCAUUGUAUGUGAGCGGUCAUAUGUGUUUUCAAGCAUGUAAGCAUUGGCCAGGGAUUAAAACUAAUACGGAGCCAAAACGGACGGUGGUCGUUCUAUUUUGAGAAUGCCAUUUUCAAAAGGAAACGCUAUUGUAUGGAUGUAGCCUUGAUCAUUGCUUGGGAGUCGCACACAAACAUUACAUACAUGCUCGUGCUUCGUUUUCCAUUGAAUCUCUGUGGGCAGUUGUAGUUGUUUUUUAUAUUAUUUUCUCUGUCUUGCAUCAAGAAUAAAAAUCCUGUUUGGUAGGAACACAGCCCAGAAGAUUAGUCAGGGUGAUGACGGGUGAUUUAAGCUCACACGUGUUUUUCUGAGGUUCGGGCUAAUUAUCUGUAAAUGUGUGCGUCCACUUAAGAAGUGAUUUGUUUUAAUUGUCCUUUUGUUUUCUUUAUUUUACUUUUAGGUUUCUAUUUAAAUUAUAUUUAGCUCAUUUAUAUAAAUAUAUAUAAUUUUGGGGGGGUUUUCUGAAACAUCUGAAACUCUUGUGAUACCUAGCUUGCUGGCAAGUGUGUAAGUGUGGUAUUACCUUGUUUUAGUUUGUGAAAAGGAGAAAAAAUGUAACAACCCAUCGGCCAGUUACCAUUAUGCAAAUAGUGGCUCGCUGCCACAGCAGAUGGAUGCAGGUGGGGAUUUCCCCCUACCCCCCCACCUUCAUCUGUGGCACUGGAACCUUCCCCCACCCCGCGUGACCUUAGACCCCUCUGCUCGGGUCACAUGACUCUCGACGAUUGAAUGAGAUGCACCUUUAUUUGCAUCUUCUCAUGAAUAUUGAAAAACAAAAUAAGGAAAACCAAGGCUCCAGUCGAUGCACAAACAAGUAGAUGGGCAAUCUAUGGGGUCACCUUGUUUGUUUUGUUUUUCUAAGCAACUGAAAAAUAAACUAACUAAGGAGAUUAGAUGUGACGGAACAA